AUGUGUAUUGAGAAGCAAACUGAGUUCCUCUCAUAUGAAGCUGAUUCCCUAACUCUGGUCUUUAUUGUCCUCUCUGUGGUGUCUAUUUUAUUAGUGGCAGUUAUUUUGGGAAUCUUUAUUUCAUUCCGAGACACUCCAUUAGUGAAGGCCAACAAUCGCAAUCUGAGCUUUAUUCUCCUUUUCUCCAUCAAGCUGAGCUUCCUCUCUGUGUUUUUGUUCCUUGGUCGCCCAUCUGAUAUAACCUGCAUCCUCCGACAAACCUCUUUUGGGAUCAGUUUCUCCAUAGCUAUAUCUUCUGUCCUGGCAAAAACAAUUAUGGUUUGUAUUGCUUUCAAAGCCUCCAAGCCUAAUAGUCCUUGGAGAAAAUGGUUGGGAGUCAAAAUCACAUAUUUUAUAGUCAUUAUUUGUUCAUUCAUUCAGUUUCUAAUUAGUGCUAUCUGGCUGAUCAUUUCUCCCCCAUUCAUGGAGCUCAACAUUCUGUCUGAACCUGGAAAAAUCAUCAUUCAGUGCAAUGAGGGCUCUGUCAUUGCCUUCUAUAUUGUCCUCUCCUACAUGGGAUUGUUGGCAUCUGUGAGUUUCAUUGUAGCUUUCUUGGCUCGGACAUUACCAGACAGUUUUAAUGAGGCCAAGUUCAUC